AUGGACCAGACAAAGCCACAGGUUGAAUCCGUCGACAAGGUCGGUGUUGCGCCUCUCCAGGAGUUACCUCUGCCGGUGGAGCUGGAGGGGCGCAGUCGAGAGGAGCUGCAGCAGCUGGAAAAGAAGCUGGUGAGACAGCUAGACUUUCAUCUGAUGCCAGCGGUGGUGAUUCUCUUCUUGAUGAACAUUCUGGAUAGGAACAACAUUGCGAAUGCUAAAAUCUCGGGAUUGCCAGACUCGCUCGGAAUCACCAACACGGAGUACAACACUUGUCUUAUGAUCUUCUAUGUCGGAUACGUCCUGACGCAGGUGCCCUCGAAUAUCCUUAUCCUAAAGGUCAAGCCCUCGCUCUACAUCGGAUGCGUGACGGCGGCUUGGGGUAUUGUCUCCAUGUGUCAGGCAUUCACCACUAAUUUUGCCGGGCUUUUCAUGUGUCGCUUUAUCCUCGGUCUUGUCGAGGGGCCAUUUUUGCCUGGUGUCUUCCUCCUGCUGUCCUGUUGGUACAAACGCUCCGAGCUGCCUCCGCGAAUUGCGAUCCUCUAUGGAGCGAACAUGUUGGCCAGCGCUUUUGGUGGGUUGAUUGCGGCUGGCAUCAUUAGUCGGAUGGAGGAUAAAUUGAAUCGGCCAGCCUGGCAAUGGCUGUUCAUCAUCGAGGGCUCCAUGACCAUCGCCAUCGCUCUUUUGGUUAUACCAUUCAUUCCAGACUUCCCUCUCGCCUCCAAAAGAUGGUGGCUCGACCGAGAGCAGCAACUUCUAGCCGAUUGGAGACUCCAAAACGAGAAUGCUGGUAUCACCGACAGCGACCCCAACUCCCUGUUCUGGGGUGUUAAGCAAGCCGUUCGCGAUCCCAAACUGUACAUGUUUGUGGUCAUGCAGAUGGCGCUCAUCACCGCGCAGUCAUUCAACAACUUCUUCCCGUCCAUCGUGGGUACGUUGGGGUACAACAACACCAUCACCCUUCUUCUCACAGCGCCACCGUACUUCGCGGCUUUCAUUGCCUCCCUAUGCAUCUCGUUCCAUGCCGCACACAAACAGGAACGUGGACUUCACAUAGCAAUCCCCCUGUUGUUCUCUUUCCUCGGUAACCUACUGGCAAUGUUCGUCCCAACCACGGGCGGUCGCUACUUCAGCAUGUUCCUCAUGACUUCCGGAUCCUACUCACCGUACAACCUCUGCGUCUCCUGGCUCAGCUCCAGUUUACCGCGACCCCGCGCGAAACGUGCCGCAGCGCUGGCGAUCAUGAACCUCAUGGGUGCAGGAGUCGCCCACUUCUAUACCUCGUACAUGUUCCCCGAUUCGCAGAAGCCGCGGUACUACGUCGGCGGUGGGAUUAUGAGCGGCGCGUGCUUGGUAUGUGCUGUGAUGGCGCUGACGAUCAAAUGGUAUUUGCGAAGGGAGAACAAGCGGAUGGAUGAGGAGGAGCACAAUGUGUCUGCGACUGCCAGUGGUGCAGUCAGUCGGCGGCUUGGCCAGGAUCAGGUUAUUUCGUUCAGAUACGUUCAUUAA